AUGGAGAAAGCAGAUGCAGACAGAGUCAGCUUCACCUUUGAGCUGAAGAAUGGCUGGCUAGCCAAAGAUGUCAUGGAGACGCUGCCAGAUCCAUUCUUUCUGAGCAGCACUGAUGAAGCCAAGAAGCUGGUGGAUGCUGCAUACAAGUACGAACGGGACAGAGCAAAAGAGGCCAUACAGGAAAAAGAAGUCAGCCCUUCAGAUUUUCUGAAACAUUUAAAGGAUCCAGUGGCAGGAACCAGGUCUGCAAUUCGAGCUGCCGAUUACAUGGAAACCACCCUGAGCCUCCUGAAGAAGAAGCUGCGUUGGAUCGUGAAAGGAAAGUUUAAUAUCACAGAUGUACUAAGUAGGAAGCAGAAGGAAAUUAUUUCCAAGGCAACUGGGUGUGACUAUCAGAUUCGUUCCAUUAAGUGCCCAACGAGUAGCAUUUACCGGACCAUUACUGGAGAAUGCAACAACAGGAAACAUUCCUAUUUUGGAGCUUCCAAUCACGGAUAUGCCCGAUGGCUCCCAGCAGAGUAUGAGGAUGGAGUGUCUCUUCCCAAAGGAUUAACUAAAGGAAAACUUUACAAUGGAUUUCCACUCCCACUGGUUCGAAAAGUGUCAAAUGAAAUAAUUCACACAGCCAAUGAGAAUGUCACCCAAGACCAGGAGCGCUCUCUCAUCUUCAUGCAGUGGGGUCAGUGGGUUGACCACGAUUUGGACUUGGCCCCUUUCACUACUACGAAAAUCACCAAUAAAGAAGUUCAUUGCGAGACCAGUUGCACCUUUGAGCCACCUUGCUUCCCAAUUAAGAUUCCCCCUAAUGAUCCACGAAUUAAGGACCCAAAUACUUGUAUGCCAUUCGUCCGUACAGCUCCAGUGUGCAAUCCCAGAACAUUUAUGCGAGAGCAGAUCAAUGCGAUUACCUCAUUCUUGGAUGCCAGCAUGGUGUAUGGCAGUGAAGUACCUUUAGCUAAUAGUAUUAGGAAUCAGACAAACCAGCUGGGUUUGAUGGCGCUGAACCAAAAUUUUACUGAUGCAGGGCUGGGGUUACUGCCCUUUGAGAACAAAUCCCAAAGCCUCUGUUUAUUCACAAACAAGACCAUGAAUAUCCCCUGUUUUAAAGCAGGUGAUGCACGAGCAACUGAAAAUCUGGGACUUACAGCUAUACACACACUCUUUGUGCGGGAGCACAAUCGCUUGGCUACCGAGUUGAAGAAAUUAAAUCCACACUGGGAUGGAGAAAAACUCUACCAGGAGGCCCGAAAAAUCAUAGGUGCCAUGACCCAGGUAAUAACAUACAGAGACUACUUGCCACUUCUGUUUGGAGAUGAGACUGAGAAGGAAAUACCAUGCUACAGGGGCUAUGAUGAGUCUGUGGAUCCCACUGUGGCAAAUGUAUUCUCCUUGGCUUUUCGGUUUGGUCAUAGUUCAAUACAGCCUUUUGUGAGCCGUUUAGAUGAACAUUUCCAACCUUUGAGUCCACAUUUCCAGGUGCCUCUUCACCUCACAUUCUGUGCUUCCUGGAGGGUUGUAAUGGAAGGUGGAAUUGACCCACUUCUCCGUGGUCUGCUGGUUGACCAUGCAAAACUAAUGAAACAGAACCAAAUGAUGGUUGAGGAGCUCCAGGAGCGGCUUUUUGAACAGGUAGAAAUAAUUGGACUGGAUCUAGCAUCCUUAAACCUGCAACGUGGAAGAGAUCAUGGUCUUCCAGGGUAUAAUGCCUGGAGGCAAUUCUGUGGGCUCUCACAGCCUCGCAACUUAACUGAACUCUCUGCAGUGCUGAGAAAUCGUCAGCUGGCCAGGAAGUUCAUGGAUCUGUACGGGACACCAGACAAUAUCGACAUCUGGAUUGGGGCACUCGCGGAGCCAUUUGUUCCCAAUGGCAGAGUGGGACCUCUGCUGGCUUGCAUCAUUGGAACUCAGUUCAGGAAAUUGCGAGAUGGGGACAGAUUCUGGUGGGAGAAUCCUGGGGUUUUCACUCCACAGCAGCGCCGUGCGCUGAGCAGAAGUUCAUUGCCACGGGUUCUCUGUGAUAACACUCGCAUUAGAGAGGUGCCCAGGGAUGUGUUCAAGGUCAACCGCUAUCCUGAAGACUUUGUGAACUGCGGAGUGAUCGACAGUCUUGACUUGUCACCUUGGAGACAAUGCAGUAACUAGGGAGCGGAAGGUACAACUGGACCCCAUGCCCAGAGAAAUACACACAAUUGGGCCCAUGUGGAGACUUCUCCUCCCCAGCAUUCCCUGGCCUUUCCUC